ACAGGUCUACCUUGACCAGCACUUUGCCCUAGCUAAUUACAUUUCCACCCCUCCAAAACCACCAAAUUGCACAGCGGCCCAGACCAACCUAGUAGCUCUGCACACCUGGAACGUUCCCCCAAACCCCAGCCCCGACCUGACCGCCGGCGAGCUCGCCCGCCGGAGAAGGAGGUCACCGCCCCCACCUCUAGCGCAGGCGGGAGCGGGAGCGGGAGCGGGCGGUGGAGAUGCCGUCGCACGGGGAUCUGGACCGGCAGAUCGCGCUGCUGCGCGAGUGCAAGUACCUCCCGGAGCCGGAGGUGAAGGCGCUCUGCGAGCAGGCCAAGGCCAUCCUCACGGAGGAGUGGAACGUUCAGCCGGUCCGCUGCCCCGUCACCGUCUGCGGGGACAUCCACGGCCAGUUCUACGACCUCAUCGAGCUCUUCCGCAUUGGCGGCGACGCGCCCGACACCAACUACCUCUUCAUGGGCGACUACGUCGAUCGGGGCUACUAUUCAGUAGAAACAGUUUCACUAUUAGUGGCUUUGAAAGUCCAGUACAGAGAUAGAAUUACAAUACUUCGAGGAAAUCAUGAAAGCAGACAAAUCACUCAAGUGUAUGGCUUCUAUGACGAAUGCUUAAGAAAAUAUGGAAAUGCAAAUGUGUGGAAGUACUUUACAGACUUGUUUGAUUAUUUGCCUCUCACAGCUCUUAUAGAAAAUCAGGUCUUCUGCCUUCACGGUGGUCUCUCUCCAUCAUUGGAUACAUUAGAUAAUAUUCGUUCUCUUGAUCGCAUACAAGAGGUUCCUCAUGAAGGACCUAUGUGUGAUCUUUUGUGGUCCGACCCAGAUGACCGAUGUGGGUGGGGAAUUUCACCUAGGGGAGCAGCUUACACAUUUGGGCAAGAUAUUGCACAACAAUUCAACCAUACAAAUGGUCUCUCUCUCAUUUCAAGGGCCCAUCAACUUGUAAUGGAAGGAUUUAACUGGUGCCAGGAUAAGAAUGUUGUCACAGUCUUCAGUGCGCCAAACUACUGUUACCGCUGUGGCAACAUGGCUGCAAUUCUUGAAAUCGGGGAAAACAUGGACCAGAAUUUCCUCCAAUUUGACCCGUCACCUAGGCAAAUUGAGCCGGACACAACUCGCAAGACUCCAGACUACUUUUUGUAAUUGUGGUGGUGACUUUUUUAACUUAACGGUGUUGAUGCUCCUCUCUUCCACAGCGCCAGGGUCUGUAGAUCUUCUGUCCUUAUUUACGGGUUCCAUGAGCCCGAGCUGUAUGUCUCCCAAUUCUUUUGUUUGGAGAUUUUGUUGCUGCUUCACGACCUGUAUACUAGAUGCUAAAAGUUAAAUGCCAGUAGAUUUUUCUUCUUUUGUUCUUCAACUUUAUAUGUUUGUACACAGAGUGAAGGGAAAUUGCAGUAGGAUCGCCCUUGUUAUGUUUUCUUUUUCGGCUAAAA